GUUGUUAAAUCACCGCGCACAGGUGCACUCACCUAAUCACCAUUCUGUAAACAGGAAAGUUCGAGGACGUGAGGUGAUGGCGCAGAAAAAGCAGUGCGAGUACUACGGGGCUCAUUUCAAAAGCGACUGCGAGGAGCUUCUGGGCCGAUUCCAGCAGACCGAGACAGUUCGGUACGAGGAGUUUUCUGCCAUCUGGAGGGAGAUGGACUUCUCUAGUGUUUUUUUUGGAACUCAUUCCAACCAUGAGAACAGAUCCUUCACGCGGCUCUCUUUCACCAUAGCCUACAGAUACGUUCUGCCCCCAUACAGCUUUCAAAUUCGGGUUGGAGGCCUGUAUAUGAUUUAUGGCCUUUACAAUACACAACUUGUUUGGCCCAAGGAAAAGAUCAGGAUUGCUUUGAAGGACUGGAACGAUGUGCAGAAGCUUAUCACAGAGGCAAAAAGUUGCCAGCAUUUGGAUGUUGUUUACAUCUUAAAAAGGCUUUUGUCAGCUAAGGCCUUUUACUUCACUGCCAUGCCCAAGAAGCUGACAUUUGAAGCGAGCGAACGUGUUCAGCAUGAUGUGAACGAAGAGUUUCGGGCCCGCAAGGACAGAGUGGCUGAACUUGCUUCCUUUGAAAUGCUAGGAGAAAUUGCAAACGUGCACGGUCAUUAUGAGAGACUGAAGAAAUCAUCAGUGCCCACAUCAUCUGGAGUGACACUGCUUAACCUGACAGAUUUGCUUCGGAAAUGUACUUUUGAGUACCAGCAGUGGCAGGACAAAACCACUGCUGCAAAGGAUAACGACUCUAAAAAGGAAACCACUCAGAAAUCAGAGUCCUCCACUAGAGCUGAUCUGCUUGCCGCCAUCAAGUCAAAAUCAUAUGGUCAUGUGUCAAAGGGAACUAAAUCUAGGCGCCACAGAAAGGUUGAGAUGGUAACAUCAGGCUCUGGAACUCAAGCCCUAUCUGGUCGUAAAGGGAGACCCCCAUCCCUCAGGACCAGAACCUAUCAAAACUUUGGCAAACCAGGGGAGCCAGAACAGACACAGGACUGGCUUCUGAGUGUGAUGGAGGAAGACAAAAAUGCAUUGAGACGCAAAGACCGGAGAAGAUUCAAGUGGUGAAAUGGCUAUAUUGUACUAAGUCACUAAUUGUGUGUCAGUUAAAUUGCACAAAACAGCACAUUUUUCAUCCUAGCAUCUAUAUGUUAAAUUGAAAAGUUGUCAAACAUUGCAUUAUGUAAUCCAGUGUUUUAUUUUAUAAAUUGAAAACUUGAAGUCUAAAGCAUUUC